CGUAUCUGCUCCUACUGAUUCAUCAACCAUCGACAUCUCGCAUCAGUCUCUCGUCUUCGGCUACCUGAGAUCUACCUACAUUCAUUGCUGCCCAACCUUCCCAAGCUCCACACCUCGCCCCCAGCAGCUCCGCCAACUGCGCACGCGCACGCCUGCUGCGCUGUCGCACGAGAUCUUGCAUAAGCGAUAGCACGCGAUAUUCUGCAUCCUACGAUGGUGGUCCCAACACAUAACGACCCAGACGCGUGGAUCGAGCAUAUCCGGCAAUGCAAGCAUUUGCCAGAGCGCCAGAUGACGGCGCUGUGCUCGCGCGUCGCGGACUUGUUGCUCGAAGAGAGCAACGUGCACCUCGUCCAAAGUCCCGUGACGGUGUGCGGCGACAUCCACGGGCAGUUCUGGGACGUGCUCGAGAUCUUCAGACAGGGCGGCGAGGCGCCGCAAACGAGCUACAUUUUCAUGGGCGACUUCGUCGACCGAGGAUACUACUCGCUGGAGACGCUGAGCCUGCUGCUGGCCUUGAAGGCGCGGUAUCCGGACCGCAUCACGCUCCUGCGCGGCAACCACGAGUCGCGCCAAAUCACGCAGGUGUACGGCUUCUACGACGAGUGCAUGCUCAAGUACGGGAACCCGAGCGUGUGGCGCGCGUGCUGCAACGUCUUCGACAACCUCAACCUCGCGGCGAUUAUCGACUCGUCCAUCCUCUGCGUCCACGGCGGGCUGAGCCCAGAUAUCCGCACGCUCGACCAGGUGCGCACAAUAUCGCGCGCGCAGGAGGUGCCGCAUGAAGGGCCGUUCUGCGACCUCAUGUGGUCGGAUCCGGACGACGUCGAGACGUGGGCCGUGUCCCCGCGCGGCGCUGGGUGGCUGUUCGGCGCUAAAGUCACGGGCGAGUUCAACCAUGUCAACGGCCUCAAGCUGGUCGCGCGAGCACACCAGCUCGUGCAAGAGGGGUAUAAGCACAUGUUUGACGACAAGCUCGUGACGGUGUGGUCGGCACCAAACUACUGCUACCGGUGCGGGAACAGCGCGAGUAUCAUGCAGGUCGACGAGAACUCGAAGACGAGUUUCAAGGUGUACGAAGCAGCGAUCGAGAACCAGACCGACCAGCGGAAUCCCGCCAUGCGCCGCGCCGCCGCCCCGAGCUACUUUGUCUAGUCUAGUGGUUGUACAACAUGCAUCUCAUCCAGCUGCG